UGUGACCCUGCUUCUCCAGUGACAGGGAAUGAGAAAAGAGAUUUUUAAAGGCUCGUGCCUUUCUGGGUUUGUGUGAAGGCUCCGCUCACCUCACCAGCGACCACAGAACCGCAAAAGUUCGGCUCAGGAUUUUCGCACGGGACGGCGCGUAAAUGGUUAAUUGUCGUCGGUCAACAUCAGGUUUAAGGAGCGCACCAGCCAACGCAUCAAGGGUCAGCGAAACCGCGAAGCAGCAAAAAUCUGUACGCCAAGUGACCAACUGUGGCGACAUGGCAUCCAACAGCCUCUUCAGUUCUGUGACCCCGUGUCAGCAGAGCUUCUUCUGGGAUCCCAGCGCCGGCCGGAGGUUCAGUCCGCCGGUAUCGGUGAAGAUGAACGAUAUGAACUCGAGCGCAGGACAGCAGCAGCAGGACGGCGCGGUGGUGCCGAGACUCCGUGCGCAGGAGAACCGUUCCAUGGCCGAGAUCAUCGCCGACCACCCCGCCGAACUGGUGCGGACCGACAGUCCAAACUUUCUGUGCUCGGUUUUGCCUUCUCAUUGGAGAUGUAAUAAAACCCUUCCGGUCGCUUUUAAGGUGGUCGCCCUGGGAGAGGUUUCCGAUGGGACGGUGGUCACCGUGAUGGCAGGGAACGAUGAGAAUUAUUCCGCAGAGCUCAGGAACGCCUCAGGUGUUAUGAAGAACCAGGUGGCCCGCUUCAAUGACCUACGAUUUGUGGGCCGCAGCGGAAGAGGGAAGAGCUUCACUCUGACGAUUACAGUAUUCACAAACCCACCGCAAGUGGCCACUUACCACAGAGCCAUUAAGGUCACGGUGGACGGACCACGAGAGCCCAGAAGACACAGACCAAAGCUGGAUGACUCGCCGAAAGCCGGACUGUUCUCCGACCGGCUGAGUGAACUGGAGCGGAUUCGACAGAGCACGAUGCGGGUUGCCGUGCCAACGCAGACGGCACGGCAGACGCUCAGCAGUCCGAACUCCUUCAACGCCCAGGGACAGACACAGAUAACAGAUCCACGUCACGCUCAGUCUUCUCCGCCGUGGUCCUAUGACCAGACGUACUCAUCCUACCUGAGUCCCAUGGCCUCGCCGUCUGUGCACUCCACCGCCCCGCUGUCGUCAAGCCGAGCCACGGGCCUGCCGUCCAUCAGCGAUGUGCCCAGACGUCUCCCAGGUUCAACGGAUUUGAGUCCUUUUCCUGGCCAAUUUGAACGUCAGUUUCCCGGUUUCUCCUCGCUCACAGAAAGCCGAUUUUCUAAUCCAAGGAUGCACUACCCGACCACCUUCACCUACACACCGACCCCCGUCACCACCGGAAUGUCACUCGGCAGUGCCCACUACCACACCUACCUGCCCCCACCCUACCCCGGCUCCACCCAGAACCAAAGUGGACCCUUCCAGAGCAGCAGCACACCCUAUCUCUACUACGGUGCCUCAUCCGGCUCGUACCAAUUCUCAAUGGUCCCGGGCGGAGACCGCUCGCCGACCCGGAUGAUGCCGCCUUGUACGAGCGCCUCCACGGGUACGAGCAUCGUCAACCCCAAUCUCCCCAUCCAGGCCGACGGAGGUGGGGGAGUCGAAGGGGACGGUAGUCAUAGCAACUCCCCCACUCUUCUCAAUCCAGCCGGCAGGAUGGACGAAGGCGUUUGGCGGCCGUAUUGACGGGUUGAGCGGCGCAGUCCUUUAUUAAAACACACGGCAUGGUUUUAAAGCACAACCUUACUAGGAUUUCCAUCCUGUCUUGCCUGUCUUUACGUAUCAGUUUAAGGAGUAUUUAUGAACUUUUUAAAGGGAAGUAUUUUUUACAUGGAACUGCGUUAUGCAGUUAUUCGUCGAUUUCUGUGGCUGUUAAACAUUAUUCUGGACUUUCUGACCUCUGGGAGUUUUUGUUAUAGGCGGGGUUAUGUGGAAUUGAAGGAACAGACGGUUCGAGUGUUUCAUUAGCAUCGUUUUUUAUUUACUUGGCGCGUCUUUAAUAUGUCAAUGAAAGCACUGAACAGCAGACGAUUUGAGUCGAAAUCGCUUUUUUGUGCUUUGGUUUUAAAUUAAGCAUUUAAGUUAUACGUGUUUGAUAAAAGGAUAUUAAGUAACUUAUGAAGCCAUAGAUGAAUUAAUGUAUUUGUAACUUGAGUCAGAGAGGGGAUAUUUUUGUAAAGCGUCUAUGUUCAAGUUUACGCAAGUAAUUUAACUUUCUGUGCCUUAUCAAUUUCAAGUGCGUUUGAAAAUGAAAUCGGGUCUCUCUGUCUGUGUAUACUACAUUGUAAACAAAAACUGAACUGUUCUUCAGUCGAUGUUGUUUGGUACCAAAUGCUUUUAGUUUUUAAAAGCUUUAUAUGAAAGAAAUGGUCAAGAAUGCUUUAAAGUGUUUGCCAAUGUGUUAGAUGAAGCUUUCUUCGAGUAGCGUGCAUGUGCUGGGGUUAUUUAUUUAGCACUUAUAUUGCUUUAUAAGAAGCUGGAAAAGGUUUGCAAUGGGGAAUACUGAAAGAUUCUUUCUUGAUAACUGGAGCGCUUAAUAUACCCAAAAAGACACUAGGUUGUGGCACCAUACAUACCGACAAUGAAGCUGACAUCAAUAAUUGUGUAUUUGGGACAUAAUGUAAUUAUGUAAUUUAUUGCUCAUUUACAUCAUCCGUAUUGAAAUGAGGUUCUGGAUCAACGCCUUGAUUUCCAUCAUGGACAGAAUCAUUUAUCCAUCUGCGAUCGUGAGGCUUUAUGUUCCUCUAGUGCCUUAGGAAAACGACACAAACCUCAGUAACCAACUGAAAGCUUUAAUAAAACACUGCUUGCAAAGCCUUUAUUUAAGCAAUCGAAUGAAAACAAACCAAAGUUCUUAUUUUUUUAUGUUCGAUAUUUUUCUAAUCUUGUUUACCUGAACGGUGGUCCAGUAUUACAUCUCUUGUAGGGAUUGUCUGGUAGGGACAGCGUCUUUACGGCGACCCCCUUCUUCACCACAAUAAACCAUGAGUUUUAUUAUAGUAAGUGUGUUGACCAUGUUUUUGCUAUGGUUUUGAUUUAAAUAACUACACUUUUACUAAAGAACCACGGUUGUUUUUCAUAAGAGGGGGUCUGGGACAACAUUCCCAGUUGUCCCACCGUUGACAGCCCUGCUUUACAUGAUCAGGGUGUUAACCUACACAUUUGAAUAGCUGUGAGUGUGUGCGAAUUGUUUACAACAUUCAGUGUAUGUUGUAUAUCACGGGGGGGAAUACGCACCCCUGUUUCGUUACGUUAUUAUCUUAUUUCUUCUUUUGUAAAUGAGUAUUUAUCUGACAGGUUAACCGUGGGCAAUGUGUAGCAAACUUGGUUCUUGCAUGCUUUGAUUUCUUUGCACAAGCGUGUUUAAAUGAUCUCGCUUUUUCUCCGCGUGAAGCCCGUCUGCUUUUAUCCACGGUUUAAGAGAACACAAUCAUGACAACAGUGAAAGAAAUUGGCUUUUUUUGAUUGCUGUAUGUUAAUAUUAUAGUUUUCUUUCUAAGGGAAAUAAAAGAUUUUGCAAUGA